AUGGUUCGCUCUAGUCACCGUUGCGCCACCGCUCCUCUUCCUGCUCUUCUUCCUCUCCCGCGUCCGCCCCGCUCUGGCGCAGCUGCGGCGCGCGCGCAGCGCGGGCAUGAUGGGCGGGCAGUGCGCCGUGAUGGCGGGAUUCUACGCGCUGCUGUGGGCCGCCGCGGGAACGAACCUCGUGCGCAGCCUGGCGCAGGUGAGGCGCGGAACGGCUCAGGUGAGGCGCGGAACGGCUCAGGUGAGGCGCGGAAUGGCGUUGAUGUGAGGGGCGGCAUGGCGAGGGGUGGGUUCAGCUUGGCGGGACGUGGAGAUAAGAGUUGGGCGUCGGGGAGAAGGAUGUCCGCGGACCACGAUGCACUGCGCCUCGCAGCACUGCGCCGCAGCGCGCUGCUGCUGCUCUCACCAGAUGCUGCGGCUGAGCCUGCAGCCAGCAGUGCGUGGCUGAGUGGGGCGUGGCUGGCGGCGGGGUGGGUGAGCGUGGCGUUGGAGGCGGGGGUGCUGCUCUUCCUCAUGCACGGCGUCCGCAUGUCCGCCUCCGAGGCCCUGCUGCGCACCGCUGUCAUCGCUGCCAUCCUCGCUGGCGCUGACGUGGCAGUCAAGGCGUCGCUGGUGUUCCACCACGCGCUGCCGCUCUUCCACCCGGCCCUCGCACCCGCCACGCCGGGCGCCGUGUGGCUCUUCUGGCUCGCCCACGACGGCCUCCACGCCGCCGUCUACGCCGCACUGCUCUCCCUGCCGCUCUCCCACUGGCGCGACGCCCUCCCUGCGCGCCCCGCCUUCCACCGCUACGUGCUGCUGCUACUGCUGCUGCACUCUGCCUCUGCCUUGGCCGCUCUCCUCCUCGCCCUCCACGUGCCCGCCGCCCUCUGCAUGCGAGGGCUGGCAGAGUGUGUGUACUGGGCGCUCUUCCCGCCGCUGCUCUACCUCACCUUCCUCGCCGACUUCUUCCAGGACGAGGACACGGAGGUGGAGGAUGCAUACUACUCUGAGAUGAGGGAUGCAGGGAUGUUUGAUGCCGAUGGGGACUGGGACUGA